GUACUUAGGGACUUGUUGGGUAUACCCAAGAACAACUGAAAUUGGGAUGUGUUUUUCAUGACAUUAUUGGGUAUUUCAGAAGAAAAACCCAAGAAAGGUUCGGACCCCAGUAUGUCCAUCAAUAUGUGUCCAUACGUGUAUUUCUUCAUAAUUGAAUUUCCCUCCCUAAUAAUGUAAAGGUCAAGGUUGUUUAUGAUCUAUGGGUAAGCUGAUUCAUUUUCAGCCAAUCAGGCAGCUGCAGUUGAGUCCAUACCUUCUUGGGUAUUGGAAGACCAGGAGGAAAUUGGUUGAUUCAAUUGUUUGUUACUGUUUUUGAAACAGCUCUCCUCAUAGUGCAGAAUUAUAAGGACAUGGUGUAUUGAGAGCUUAUGAUAGCCUAAAAUCGUUAUGCAAAGAAAUUGAACUAUCAAAACCACACAAGAUUACAAGCGUAAACAUGCGCAAGUAUACAGCUACAAUUGCUCAAAUAUUCGAUCUAAGCAACAACCAACAACAAUGGUUACUGAACCAUUUGGGGCACUCCAUGGAUGUGCAUAGAGUGCAUUAUAGACAAACUUCAGGAUUAAUUGAGAGAAUCGAUAUGGCAAAGCUGAUGCUUAUGCAAGAGUUUAACCUUACUUCCAAAUAUGCAGGAAAAAGACUAGAAGACAUUCAGUUGAAUGAAAUAGUAUUUAAUCACACAGUAGAUGAUUGUGAUGUAUCGACACAAGAUUUGACCGAGGCUUUGGAUCUUGAUAACGAUAAUGUAGACGAUGAUUUUCAACCUGCUAUGAAUGAUACUGGUAAGGAUGAAUUCAGCUUCACCGAUGAUGAUGAAGAUGACGAUUAUGAUCAUACCCCUAAAAAAAAAAGGAGUACUAAUGUCAGUACUAGAGUAAGAUGGAGUAAGGAAGAAGAGACGGAAAUAAGACACUUCUUCAAAGAAUAUUUUGCAACGAAAGCCACUCCUGGGCGGGAAGCAUGUGAAAACAUUAUAAAACAGAGUAAAUUUUUGAAAAGAAGGAGUUGGGAAACUCUGAAAAAAAAGGUCUGGAACAUGAUCAAAAAGAAGUGAAUGUACAUGCAGGCUGAAGAUGAUACUUCAUCAAGUUUAUGAUGUUAUUUAAAGUCUCAUUGUCAAUUUGCCGAAAUAAGAAAACAUGACCCUUGACAUCCGGACAAUAUUAUACUCUGCUGUGUUCAAUUGCAUAUACACAUAAAAAUAAAAACGAUAAAAAUACUAAAAUAGCAAAACAAAUGACUUCAACAAAGUCAAAACAAGAGUAUAUUACCAUGCCAACGCCGUAUUUAACACAUUUCAUACAAGUGUCAUAAAUCACUAUUAUAUAACAUAGUGAAGACAUAUUUUAUACUCUUUUAUAUUUCCUGUCAGAUAAAUAAACUUCAAAUAUAUCUAGUUUUGAUGCUUAUUCUAAUUAACCCCACCAAUGCCAUAGUCACAUCAAUCUGAUAGCUUGAUGAAAUGCAACAGUCAAAUACAAAGUGCAAUAUUUAUUAGAAAUUGGGCUUAACAUGCCUGUGCAGUGUAUUUGAUGUCGAACACAACAAAGUAUAAAAUUGUCCGGAUGUCAAGGGUCAUGCUUUAAUUUCGUCAAAUUGACAAUGGGAAAAAAAUCUGUAACAUAACAAAUAUGUGAAAUGUACAAAAAUAGAUAAUAAAAGAUCCUUUCAAA